CUCCCGAGAGAGAGUGAGAGAGAGAGACAUACCACCAACUGGAUCUCUAUGGCGCAUUGUUCUAGAGAGAAGAAACCCUGCAUUCGUUGGGUGGAGAGAUAUUUCAAUGACUGCCUCUGCAAUCUAAGCGAUGAAAUCUCUUUUGGGUUUGGGCUCACUAGCCUUCUGUGUUGGGCUGUGGCUGAAAUCCCUCAAAUCAUCACCAACUUCCACUCCAAAUCCAGCAAUGGCGUCUCACUCGCUUUCUUGAUGACUUGGGUUGUUGGUGACAUUUUCAAUCUAGUGGGUUGCCUGCUCGAACCAGUUACGCUGCCGACUCAGUUCUACACAGCUCUGCUAUAUACCACUACGACAGUGGUGCUGAUGCUGCAGACCGUAUACUACGAUCACUUCUGUAGAUGGUGGAAAUGCAGGAGCGGUGAAGUUAAGUCAGCGGUUGCAGAUACGACAAAAUCUAACAAACCCAAUCCACGGGAUCCAAGCGUCCCCAUACCAACUUCCAAGGCCAAAGUGGUUCAUCGGAAUGGCGUGUAUUACACGUCAGCAAGAUCAUUGGCCAGAAGUGGAACUCCACCAAUUGGAUCUUAUCUAGCGAUUCCGAGAAGUGGGCCCUCAGCUGUGGGCCUUCAAGACUCAUCUUCCGACGAAGAGAGCUAUCCAACUCGUUCAAAGCCUUCUAGCCAGCCCAACAGAAUUCCACGUCUGGCUGGUUAUGGAACAUUCAUCGUUAGUUCUGCCAACUUGCCAUUCCAAAGCAAAGCUCUGAUGGAAGCAUACAUGGGAUUAUCUGGGAGGAGAUUACUGCAAGAGAACGGGAUCAGGAGCAAUGCAUACGGUAGCUGGAUGGGAUGGAUAAUGGCUGCGAUAUACGUGGGUGGUCUUGUUCCUCAGAUAUGCUUAAAUAUUAAAAGAGGGAGUGUGGAGGGCUUGAAUCCUUUCAUGUUCAUCUUCGGCCUCUUAGCUAAUGCAACCUAUGUGGGAAGCAUUGUUGUGAGAAGCAUGGAAUGGGAAAGGAUAAAACCAAACAUGCCAUGGUUGCUGGAUAGUAUAUUUUGUGUGGGUCUCGAUUUAUUUAUCCUCGUACAGUUCAUGUACUAUAGAUACAGGCAAAGGAGCAAAACAGGCAAUGGAGAGGAGUAUGAAGAUUACGAGGAAGCCAAACAACCGCUUAACUCGUUGCCUUUAAAAUCACCUUCAUUCCGACCUCCGAACAGAGAGAGAGAGAGAGGGAGAGGGAGCCAUAACGCCAACCAGAUCUUUAUGGCGCAUUGUUCUAGAGAGAAGAAACCCUGUAUCCGUUGGGUAGAGAGAUAUUUCAAGGAUUGUCUAUGCAAUCUAAGCGAUGAAAUCUCUUUUGGGUUUGGGCUCAUUAGCCUUGUCUGUUGGGGUGUGGCUGAAAUCCCUCAAAUUAUCACUAACUUCCAUUCCAAAUCCGGCCAUGGCGUCUCUCUCGCCUUCUUGAUGACUUGGGUUGUUGGUGACGUUUUCAAUCUAAUGGGCUGCCUACUCGAACCAGCUACGCUGCCAACUCAGUUCUACACCGCUCUGCUAUACACCACUACGACAGUGGUGUUGGUGCUGCAGACCGUAUACUACGAUUACAUCCGUCGAUGGUGGAAAUGCAGGCGUGUUGACGUUGAGUCAGUGGUUGCAGAUACGACAAAAUCUAACAAACCAAAGUCACGUGAUCAAAGCAUGCCCAUACCAACCUCGGCUCGAGUAUCUCAUCGAAAUGACGUGUAUUACACGUCAGCAAGAUCAAUGGCCAACAGUGGAACUCCAACCGUUGGAUCUUAUCUUGUAAUUCCGAGAAGUGGGCCCUCAGCUGUGGGCCUUCAUGAUUCAUCUUCCGAUGAAGAGAGCUUUCCAACUCAUUCAAGACCUUCUAGCCAUCCCAUCAGAAUUCCACGUCAGGCUGGUUAUGGAACAUUCAUCGUUUGUUCUGCCAACUUGCCAUUCCAAAGCAAAGCUCUGAUGGAAGCAUACAUGGGAUUAUCUGGGAGGAGAUUACUGCAAGAGCAUGGGAUCGAAAGUAAUGCGUUCGGGAUCUGGCUGGGAUGGAUGAUGGCAGCGAUAUACAUGGGCGGUCGUGUUCCUCAGAUAUGGUUAAAUAUUAAAAGAGGGAAUGUGGAGGGCUUGAAUCCUCUCAUGUUCAUCUUUGCUCUAAUAGCUAAUGUAACCUAUGUGGGAAGCAUUCUUGUGAGAAGCAUGGAAUGGGAAAGGAUAAAACCAAACAUGCCAUGGUUGCUGGAUGCCAUAGUUUGUGUGGCUCUCGAUUUAUUUAUCAUCGUACAGUUCAUUUACUACAGAUUCAUGCAAAGGAGCAAAACAGCCCAUGGAGAGGAGUACGGAGACUACAUGGAAGUCAAACAAUCGCUUGGAUCUUAAGACGUAUAAGAUUAGAGUACAACCCUCAAAAGCCUCUUCUCAAGGUGUGUUGUAUAUGUAUUAUUACUUAGUUUAUGUAAUUGGGCCAUCUUAGCAUCGUCACCGUUGGAUGAUUAAUCAGCUUUUAAUUGUAAAUUUAUAUUGAAUUUGUAGCAA